CAACAGUACACGUGUAAGUUUGAACUAACGCUUUUGUGUGACAGGCAGUGACUCUAUCCUUAUAACUUGACGGCCGACCUUCGCCAUAAGUUUUUCUCAGCUAACCAACCGACGAAGAAAAGUCAAUGAAGCAUUAGAAGAUCAUUUCCACCAUACUUUCCUUGUGAUUUUCUUCAUCUCCAUCGAACGUAAGACGCAAAAUGAGCAGACCACAUGAUCCACCACGAGGUUUCUUCCCAUUUGGGAACCCUUUUAGGAUGUUAUCACCAAAGAGCUCAGCUUUAUCUCCGUGGCUGCAUUCACUACUGAACAGCUUUGAGUUGCUUUUAGCAGAGAGAUUCAAGAAACUCAUCCCUAAGAACAAAGAUGAUAUCCUCACUUUAUCAUGGAUGAAGCUAGCUAUGGAGUCACUCUGCGAGACCCAUAACAACGUAAACACACUCAUCACUGAUCUCCAGCUUCCUGUCUCUGACUGGGAAGAGAAAUGGGUUGAUGUUUACCUCGACAUAAGUGUUAAGUUGCUAGAUCUUUGUAAUGCCUUUAGCUCGGAGCUCACGCGUCUCAACCAGGGAGAUCUUUACCUUAAGUGUGUUCUGCAUAGUUUACAGUCUGAUUCUGGGGAGAAGUAUCUCCAAGCUCGGUCUUCGCUUGAUUGCUGGAGACAACAUGUUAACGCAAGCAACGCUAGGAUUGAAACUUGUCGUUCGGUUCUUGAUUGUCUUGCUAAAUCUCUGAGCUUGCCUAAAGUCAAGAACUCGGCUAAAGGGAAGGUUCUUAUGAGGGCUUUUUACGGUGUGAAGGUUCAAACGGUUUAUAUCUGCAGUGUGUUUACCGCGGCCUGGUCUGAUUCCACCAAUGAUCUUUUCGAUUUACAUGUCUCUGAGAAGCCGUUAUGGGCAAAGGUGUUUACUGAUAUGCAGAGUGUUGUGAAUGGUGAGAUCCGAGACUUGUUGUCUUCCGGUAGAAGAAGUACGAUUCUCAAAGAGGUGGAGAGUGUUGAUGCUAGCGUGGAGAAGCUGUACCCGAUGAUUCAAGAUGGUGUUGGUAUAGUGGAAGUUGAAACUUUUAAGGACUAUGUAAUGGUGUUGAGGAUGCAAGCUGAGAAAUUGUCUCAGGGUUUAGAUCAGUUAUUAGAGGAAGUUGAUAGUUUCUUCAAAAUGACUUUGAGUGGACGAGAUGUGUUGCUCUGUAAUCUUAGGUCAAGUGACUCAUUAUCUGGCUUUGUUGGAGAAGAUUUAGAUUAAGAGUAUUAGGUAAACAGUAAGUUUAAGCCUUAAGACAGGUUUAGGUUACUGAAAGUGUUUCUCUUGUCUUGUCUGCUCUAGUCCAUUUGUCGAGCUUUGUCUCUUUGGUGUAAGUGUGUUAGCCUUGUCUGUAUUGAUUGAACUCAAUUGC